UGCGGAAAUAACAGUCGAAUUCCGGAAUGAUGCAUCAUACACCACUGAAGACAGCACCGGUGGCGGUUGCUGUGGCAGAACCCUUCAAGGACGCUGAAGACCGGAACGGAGACGCACGGACGGGACUGGGGACUGGGGACUGGGAGGUCCUAACGAGCGCAGCACAACUCGGUCACGUGACCCGAGAUAGGGUUAGCUAGCAAAGACGUCUUCACUUCGCCGAAUUCAUGUCGUCCGGACUCGGAUGGCUCAAGGCUGUACAAACCUCAUCUUGACCUUCUUAAAUACGACGGAGGAGCAAACACCUGACUCUUGGAUUGCAUGAGCAGAAGAGAAGACCUGAGCUUAACUACUCCCCCAGUGGACUUUGAGGCCGGGGGAGGAGGAAGAAGACGACGUAGUCGCUACCAUUACUACCCAUAGUAUGGGGCAAAAAGUCCCAGGUGGCAUUAAAACUAUUGAUAUGAGAGAUCCAGCGUUCAGCCCCCUGAAGCUGGAGCUUCAGGCCUUGAAUCACACCAAGCCUUCUCGACUGGACCUGCUGUUGGAUAUGCCGCCUGCUGGCGCGGACGUCCAGGUCCAGCACUCGUGGAACAACGACGAUCGCUCACUCAACAUCUUCGUGAAAGACGAGAACAAGCUGGUUUUCCACAGGCACCCUGUGGCGCAAAGCACGGACGCCAUCCGGGGCCGUGUCGGCUACACGAGGGGACUGCACGUUUGGGAAAUCAGCUGGGCCAUGCGUCAGAGGGGGACACACGCCGUGGUCGGUGUGGCGACAAGCGACGCUCCGCUACACUCGGUUGGCUACACCGCGUUGGUGGGAAGCAAUAGUGAGUCCUGGGGUUGGGACUUGUGCAGGAGUAAACUCUACCACGACGGCAAGAACCAUUCUGGAAAAACGUACCCGUCCUUCCUCGAGCCAGACGACACCUUCAUCAUACCGGACUCCCUCUUAGUCGUUUUGGACAUGGACGAAGGGACUCUGGGCUACAUUGUGGAUGGGCAUUACCUGGGAGUGGCGUUCAGAGGUUUAAAGGGACGGAAGGUAUACCCAGUUGUGAGCGCUGUGUGGGGACACUGUGAAAUACGAAUCCGGUACAUAAACGGACUUGACCCUGAACCUCUUUCUCUGAUGGACCUGUGCCGCCGUUCGGUGCGAGUGGCUCUCGGGAGAGAGCGUCUGAGUGAAAUCCACAGACUGCCCUUGCCGGUCUUUCUCAAGAACUACCUGCUCUACCAAUGACGGCGUGUUCAAGUUCAAUAGGACGCCCCUCCCCUUCGCCGUCCCUCCUUCCCCUUCUUGUGCUUCUCUGGGAUCUUUCUUGGGCGGAACUUGUUCGACAACAUUUCUGAAGCCUGUCGGACAGUCUGGGUCUCAAAGUAUUCUUCUUUCGUAGUGGCUGGACUCCUUUUUUUUUUUUUUUUUUCUUUUUUUUUGUUUUUAGAUUCUUAUCACAUUUUAAUGACUUCUUCCAGUUGUACUCCACUUUAAAAGAUAUCAGGAAUCACUGAGUUCUAUGCACAUGCUGAUGGGGGGGGGGGAUAUGCCUUGACGGUCAAGCCAAUAGUGGUCAGUAUAUCUCACAUAAAGGUAGGUAAUUUUUUAAAUAUAUUUUUGAUUGCAGUAAAUAAAUAAAUUGCUCAUGGGCGUGAAGUGCAAAGUCGGAGUUGUGAAAUCGCCACCAGAUGGCAGCAUUUUCAUGCAUUUUACAAGCAAUAGCAGCCACGAGACAAGCUCCAGUUCACCCAGCGACCCUAGUGAGGAUAAGCUAAAGUAAAGAAAGGACGGAUGGAUGCUGGCUUUUUUUUAGAAAUUAUUUUAAAUAGAUGCAGACAUUUGUGGUGGCAACUGAACUGAGAUGCUGAUCACUCCGGCGAGAAACUGACCCAGUUAUCUCCUGCUCACAGUCAAGGCAUCCGAUCUGAACUACUGCAUCAGCCGGAAUCUUCUGAAAUAUGUCACUGUGAUCAUUUGUAGCAUGCAUCUUUGAAAACUCUUUCUCUUGGCAAUCACAUUGUUUUUUUUAGGCUCUCUCUGGUUUAUUGGUGCCAUUUUGGCUGGUGUCGUUCUCACAUCAACUUUUAGCUCACCAAAAAAAAAAAAAAAAAAAAAAUUUGAUCGUUAAAGAUGUCCGAACGGAUUUGGCACAUAUCAGGGCACAGGUUUUGCUAAGCGGGAAAGCGGAGUUUUCGUUUGUGCAUUGACCACACUGUACAUAUUCGGCGCCACGAUUGGACGACAAUCCACAAAGUGCUGCUCUGCUGCCAACAUUUUCAAACGCCGUACAGUACAAUUAUAUCAGACCCGUUGAUUCUGCUGUUUCUAAAGAACCGUUCUCGUCAUCUUCUACAGUCGGCACUUCAUGUGCCACAACUGUUUUUAUCUUGACUGCUUGCAUUUUAUUUGUACUUCCUGGUGUAGAUCUAUUUCUAUGUAUCUAUUAAAGACUUGUUCCUGUUGA